AAAGAGGCUGUAGGAUCGACCUUGCUUCCAUCAGCGCCGAGGCCGUAUCGACCUGAAAUGGUGGUAGAAUAUGGUUUGUAUAUAAGUAUUGACGAGCAAGUACGUCAACUUCUGGCUUGUCGAUAAUUGCUCGCGGACGGCGGACUAGAACCGGAAAUCGAAAUCACUUGAGUGCAGGCUCCAGCAUCUUCCGAGCUCUGCUCAAUUUCACACUUGAGGGCCACCUCCCUUACCCAUCAUGCGUCCAGCUCUCCUCGCUGCGCUCGCCGGCCUGGCUUCCGCGCAAGUGCUUGACCUCGACUUUUUGAAUGCUAUUCCCGACCCGACCUUCACAAUCGCCUUGGAUCAACCUGCUCAAACAAUCGCCUACAACCCCGCUGCUGUGAUAGCCAGCGAUGCCGCUGCCGUCGGCAAUGAGUCUCCGCUCGAUGUUGUUGUUGCUGGUCCACAGAAGCGCUCCUCUGGGGCACAAAGCUCGGUCCUAGAGGCUCGCCAAGCAGCCUGCGCAGCUGCGCCUACGACCCCGAACAUCUACAACGCAGUAAUUGACCCAGCGGAGUCGUUCUCUGCCGACCAGAAUCUCGAGCAGCAAGCUCUGCAGGCAUCGACACCAGCUCUGUACACAAACACCUUUACCAACCUCAAGGCUGCGGUCACCGCACACGGCUACCUUGGGUACAACCUGCUGCCCUCAUACAACACUACGCAAUGUGCAGCAAAAUGUAACAAGAUCAAAGGCUGCCAGGGUUUCAACCUCUACUUUGAACGCAGCCCAUCUGUCGUCCCUGGACCCAACUGCCGCGAUCCGCCAGGAACUCCCAAUAUCUGGUGUGUUUUCUGGGGCGGUCCAGUCUUCCCCGAGGUUGCCACCAACAAAGGUCAAUACCGAGCCAGCUACCACGUUGUGAUCUCUGGCAGCAACGGCUAUACCCUGACUUCCACUCUCGGCCCCUACCGGACCAAGGCUAUUGAUGCCCCGAAGACCAACUGCAAUAAUGAGACUACAUUCCUCGGUUACCGUCUUUUCAACGACGGUGCUCCGUUCGAUGCCAAUCGUUGUGCGGCUGUUUGCUCCGAAACCAGCUCCUACAAUACUGUGCAUAAUGCCAACUCCAGCGUCGCACCACAGCUCUGCAAGUUCUUUGAUACCUACCUGAUUUUCCGUAAUUGGGUCAGCCAGGGACAAUACUGCGCACUCUACUCGCAGUACUACGACCCCAGCGUGUACGCCACCAACGGGGGUUCGACAGACGCCAAGGGGAACGUCUUCACCAUCGCCUCGAGCGUGUUCUUCAGCAAUGCGACCGAUAUCGUCACUCCUGUUUGCCCUUCGGACGUUGCUGCUCUCCAAAGCGAUGCCGCUGCGGGUGCUUACUGCACGAGCGUCAACUCCUACGUGGCACCGACGACCACUACUACCACCACUCUCCCUACCAACACUGUGAAGGCUUGUGGUGGCGCCGCUAAGAUCGCGAAGCGUGACUCUGGUGAGGAUGGUCUUGUCGAAGCUGUGGUCGGCAUUUACCCCGAGAAGAUCGAUCCCUCGAUCACGGAUGUCGCGCCCGCAAUGGUGACAAUCCCCGCCGAGUCCUUGUCUGUCCCGAGCAUUUUCGCUUCUGCAUCGUCUGAGGCGAUCAGCUCCCUCGGUUUGGCCGAAUCGACCGCCACCGCCUCCGCGACCGCCAGCUCCGCCACGAGCACUGAUGCCACGAUCACGGCUGCGAAGAAGCUUCGUCGGGCCGUGGCCACUCCUUCUAUCCUGGCCGGCCGCGACCCCCGAGAAGUCGCAUCGGUCUGCUCAAAGGUCGCAACGGGAACAGCUACCUCAACCUCCAUCCUCCCGGCACCCACCGCCUACGACACCUCCAGCUGCAACGUCGUCCCACGCACCUGCCCAGACCGCACUCCGGCCUCGAUCAUCGCCGGCUCCUAUACUAGUUCCAACCAAGUCGUCGACGAUGUCUACUUCACCGUGAACCUCCCCUUCCCCGUGUGCAUCUACUCCAAAUGCUCCAGCACCGCACACCCCUCGUCAAACGGCGUCCUCGGCCUAGGCUCCUCCGCAACCAUAGCCUACACUAACCAAAAACUCCCCUGGGGCAACGUCGUCCACGUCGGCGACUCCUUCCUCUACCCCUUCUGGGAUGAUCUUUUCAUCUACCUCUACCAGCCCUACUUCAUGGACUACCUUGUCUGUGGACCAAUCGGCUCCCGCGUCGUGUCCUUCAACUGGUACCUGGCCAAAUACGGCGACACCCAGCGCGUCGCCAAGUACAGCUUCAGCGCCAUCUUUUACGAAGCGAAACCCGGCGUCAUCGAUCUCAAGUACUACAGCACGCCCGAUCAGGGCAGCAGUGCCACGAUCGGUGUCGAGGGAAUUGAUGCGAGCGGUAGUGUGAAAUUCUACCAGCACUCCUUCAACAAGCCCGUCAUCGCCAACGGAACCAAUCUGACCUUUGACACCCGAGGUGGAUAUUUCGGCCCCACCGUCGCUUAAAGGGCAUGGAGGAAAGAAUUUUUGUGAGGGGUGGGAUAGCAUUUGUUUAUUUUGCUUGUUCGAAUAGACGAUCGCUUCUAAAGCUAUAGCAAAGAAGUUUACAAAGUUUCUUAAAAGUACAGUUUGGAU